AGGUAACUGUCAAAAUAUUUUUAUAUCCUCAUGACGUUUGGUUAAAAUGUUUUAUAUUGCGUAUUAAGGAUGUAAUAAACUUACGAUAAAAAUAAAAAUAUAAACAAACACAUGCUUAAUAUGUGAGAUACAAAAUACUGAAGUUCUUUAAUGUCCAUCCCUUAGUUACUUACGAAGUAUUGUAAUUAUUUUGUAGUUUUUUUUCUAUUCAUAUGUGAACAACUUAUUUACUAAAACAAAUGGAAGGUUGCCUGUGAUAAUUGUGAAAGAAUAACACCAGUACACUUUAUACAAAUAAGCUGCGAAGCUGUCUCUCAGGGUAGAAAUCCAUGAUAGUUGUGGCAAGAGGUUAAAAAAUAUAUACAAUAAUGCCAAAACAUCGAGACGUACCGAGCCUUCAGUCGCUUUGCCUAAAGAGCAUAGGUACUCUAGUUGUCCACGUGGCUCCGCUUAUUUUAUCCAAAAUAAGUAUAUACAAGGAACCCCAGAAAGUAAUAUCUAGUCUACAGACGAGUCUCACUUGGUUAAAUGACCAUCUAUCCUCACACGUUCCGUUCUACCUGUAUGAUCAAAUGGCUGUGGAAGUACUAUUAGCUGUAAAGGUAUUUAUAGAGGCUACGAAGAAGACCUAUUUUCCGCACACCUCCAUAGCUACUUUCCUCACGGAGAUGAACGUAGCUGUUAGUUUAACUGAAGUGGUUUUGAAUUGUCAUUUAAAGAGUAUCGAUUUUUCACAGUGGCCCAAAAUUAUGCGAUAUAUUUUAUACAAAAAUUUACACAAUCUUACUGGUCUAGAAAACUUAAAUUUAGGUUCCUGUUCAGGAGGCUGGCGGACGUCCGAAUUCGAUAGAUGUUUGUUGGAAAGCAUAGCAAAAAUGAAGCAUUUGAAGUCAUUGUGUCUGUGCUUCGACAGCACAGAUGUCAUAGUCCAAACAGUAGGUGAUAAUUGCCAACAGAUCCAAUGUCUCGAUCUCACUUCUUCAGGCUCCGUAACCGACAGAUGUAUACCUUUUUUAUUGAAAUGUAGGCAUUUAAAAGAGCUACAGCUGCACAGAACCUCAGUGACGACUGAAGGUUUAGCUCAGUUGAUCGUAGGACUUCCAAAGUUGCAAGAUAUCGGUCGAUGUGACGAUUUCGGAAAAGUGAUAAAAUAUCUAUAUCAUAAAUUUCCCAGUGAAGGCCCUUUCGAGUUGAGGAAGAUACAGACGAGGGAUAUUAGUACUGAAAACCUGAGAUUGUUGGUAGAUAUGUUUCCUAAAAUUGAGUACGUGAGCUUAUUCCACGACGUACAAAUUUCUGAUUUAACAGUUUUGAUAUCGUUGGACAAUUUGAAAGACUUGAAGUUGCUUUCUUGUGCUUUUUACGGAGAUUACCUGAAGCAACUUCUAGAAAUUAGAGGUACUAAUAUAACUAGUCUUCAUUUGGAGCAUGUGGAAGAGAUGGAUUAUAAAGUAUUGAUUGAUAUUAGCCAGUGUUGUCCCCAGUUAAAAAAUUUAGUGUGUUACAAUUGUGAUUUCCGCAACAGUGUAGUACCGUACCACAAAUUAAAAGUACAACCGUUUCUAGAUCUGGAAAGAAUCUUCUGGGUCGUAGAUAGUGCUUCGAGUCAUCUGGAAUUCAUCUUGAAUCAUGCCUACAACAUUCGUUACAUUCAUUUGGGUUCUUCCACAGGAAUCACGCAUGCGAUAAUGGUGAAAGUCUUGAAUACCAACCCCAUGAAGUGGCUUGAAGAGUUGAGAGUGCUGUACAGCAGUGACAUGAACAUGAGGACUGUAGAAUUACUAAUGGCCAGUUGUACGAACUUAAAGGUGUUAUCGGAGUUAGAAAGUUGGCAGGGCAUUACUUUGGAACAGCUACAUACCUUUAAACAAUAUAUACGCUCCAAUAACUUCAAUUUGGACAUCAGUCCUACAUUAUCAUUUACCACAUAAACUUGCUCCUUUAUAUUACUGUACUAAAGUGCAUAUAUAUUUUUAUAUGAAGUGAUCUGGUUGUACUGAUUGAUUUAGAUAUAUUUCUUUCUAAAAGAGUGUGAUUUUGAGUAACUCCAAACGUACUAGUACCACUUUAAUGGUGUCUAAUUUAAAAUAUUCAUUAUAAAUAAAGAAAUAUUUAAACA